CGUAUCUGUUACUAGACGAUCAGCUGACAAGUUUAGCAUACUCAGAUCCCUGCUAACCUUCAGCACUAUCUGCUGAUGACAGAUGGAUUGUUUGGAUUCAGCCCUUUGCCUUCUCCUCAGGGCUCUCCCUCACUCAGUCCGCUCAUCCCACUUACAGGGGGAUUAAUUUUUACCUGCAUUUGAAUGUCUCCAUUUCUGUUGUCCCCCUUUGUGUGUAUUACCUGGACAAGUUGGAAGUAGCUUGUUCAGGGAAGCGUUGGACUGAGCCGGAGCUCCAUCACUGAGCUCAAGAGGGAGAAGACAGGAACAUUUGGGAGAAGAGGAGGAAGAAGGAAUCAUGGGUGUGCAAAAGGAAGACGUGGAAAAGUUUCUCAAGGGGAACCCUGCAUUUGCUAAACAGUACUUUGCUAAGAAGAUGAGUGCUGCCUCCAUAUCAAAGGUAUCAGGACUCCCAGAAAAACAGAUUGACUUCAGCCAGUUCCAAGAGCUAUGUCAGGUUGAAGAAAGCCAAAUCAUGUAUGACCUGAUCAAAGACAUGCAGGAGAACAUCAACGUAGAAAAGGUGGUCUUCAAGAUCUUGAAGAGAAUCAGUGCGCUCAUCCAUGCAGACCGGUGCAGCUUGUUUAUAUACCGGCAGCGAAACGGCAUUGGAGAGCUUGCCACAAGGCUCUUCAAUGUCAACACAGAGGCAGAGUUGGAGGACUGUGUGGUGCCACCCGACUCUGAGAUUGUUUAUCCGCUGGACAUGGGAAUAGUCGGCCACGUGGCCUUGACCAAGAAGACUGUUAAUGUGAAAGAUGUCACAGAGGUGCUGCUAUGGUCUCCAAAAGGGUUUGAAAACUACGACAUUGAGAGACAGUUUCACAAAGCCUUGUACACAGUCCGAGCCUACCUCAACUGUGACCGCUACUCUGUCGGUUUACUAGACAUGACAAAGAGAAGGUACCGUGAGUUCUUUGAUAUUUGGCCAGUGUUGAUGGGAGAUCAGGCACCUUACUCUGGUCCUGUCACUCCUGAUGGCAGGGAGAUAAUUUUCUACAAAGUGAUUGACUAUGUAUUACACGGAAAAGAAGACAUCAAAGUAAUACCCAAUCCGACUCCAGAUCAUUGGGCCUUGAGUAGCGGCCUUCCUACUUAUGUCGCUGAGAGCGGUUUUAUUUGUAACAUUAUGAAUGCAGCUGCUGACGAGACGUUCAAGUUCCAGACAGAGCCACUUGACAGCAGUGGAUGGACCAUAAAAAAUGUUCUCUCUCUGCCAAUCGUCAACAAAAAAGAAGAGAUAGUUGGUGUGGCCACUUUUUACAACAGAAAAGAUGGAAAGCCUUUUGAUGAUCAGGAUGAGCAACUCAUGGAGGCUUUGACCCAGUUCCUUGGCUGGUCAGCUUUGAACACUGACACUUACGACAAGAUGAACAAGCUGGAGAAUCGUAAAGACAUCGCUCAGGACAUGGUGCUCUACCAUGUCAAAUGUCGGGAUGAUGAGAUUCAGAAUAUCCUGAACACCAGAGAAGUCUAUGGCCUUGAACCCAGAGAGUGUGAAGAAGAGGAGCUCCUAGUUAUCCUGAAAAAAGAACUACCUCCACUUAUUAAAAAAUUUGAGAUCUACGAGUUCCACUUUUCUGAUUUUAACUGCACAGAGAUGGAACUAGUGAAGUGCGGCAUCCAGAUGUACUAUGAGGUUGGGGUGGUCAAGAAGUUCCAGAUCCCUCAAGAGGUGCUGGUUCGGUUCAUGUACUCGGUCAAUAAAGGCUACAGAAAGAUCACCUACCACAACUGGCGUCAUGGCUUUAACGUGGGACAGACCAUGUUCACACUCUUAACGACUGGAAUGCUGAAGCGGUACUACACAGACUUGGAGGUAAUGGCCAUGAUAACUGCAGCCUUCCUGCAUGAUAUUGAUCACAGAGGGACCAACAACUUGUACCAAGUCAAAUCUGGCAACCCACUGGCCAAGCUACAUGGCUCAUCCAUCUUGGAACGACACCAUCUAGAGUUUGGAAAGUUCCUCUUAGCUGACGAGUCACUGAAUAUCUACCAGAACCUUAACAGGCGACAGGUGGAGCAUGUGAUUCAUCUCAUGGACAUCGCCAUCAUCGCCACUGACCUGGCUCUUUAUUUCAAGAAAAGAACCAUGUUCCAGAAGAUUGUGGACCUUUCACACACAUAUGAGGAUGAAAAGAAGUGGGUGGACUUCAUGUCUCUAGAAACAACCAGGAAAGAAAUUGUCAUGGCCAUGAUGAUGACCGCAUGUGACUUGUCGGCUAUCACCAAGCCUUGGGAGGUGCAGAGCAGGGUUGCCUUGUCCGUAGCAGCAGAGUUUUGGGAGCAGGGUGACCUGGAGAGGACAGUUCUGGAGCAACAACCUAUUCCCAUGAUGGACAGGAACCAUGCACCAGAACUUCCAAAGCUACAGUGUGGUUUCAUUGACUUUGUCUGCACGUUUGUCUACAAGGAGUUUUCUCGAUUCCACCCACAAAUCCAGCCCAUGCUGGACGGCAUCCUUAAUAACAGGAGGGAGUGGAAUGCUAAAAAAGAAGAGUAUGAGGCUACACUCAAAGCCCUAGAGGAGGAGAAGGCUGCUAAAGCGGGCGCCAAAGCCAGUAGAGCUACUGGUGACGGCUCCAAGACCUGCUCUGUGUGCUAAAAGGUCAAAAAGCUGCGGAAGUGCAGACAACUUUAGAACUACCUGAGCACCACAGGCAGCCAGCCAGUCUGUCUCACCGCCAAGGAAGAAAAUGCAAUAAAGUCAGGAUGACAGAAGUGUGAGUAAAUGUACAGCCUAGUAGUAUUUCUUCAAAAGAAUUGGUUCCGAUCAGAAAUGAAAAACCUAAACAAGGAAGAAGCAGAGCAAUGUUUCAUCCAGGUGAGCCAAAAUAUGAAUUCAGAAAAAGGCAGGACUCUUCUACAUCUUGACAAAAAA